AUGAGUCAAUUUUACAACAAUGUUGAGGCAAAGGUUAUUGAGGAUGAAAUGGUUCAAAAAGUCAUUGAAGAGGGGCAUCCAGAGGACCUCAGGGAGUUUUCCAAAGGGAAGAGUACUAAGGAUGUGACAGAGCUACAGCUUCGUUUUAAAAAUAUCCUGCAGAUUGAGAAUCUGUGGCAGUUUGAGAAUCUGACUCAACUGCAGCUGGACAACAAUAUCAUUGAGAAGAUAGAAGGUCUGGAGAGUUUGGUUCACCUUGUACGGCUUGACUUGUCCUUCAACAACAUUGAAGUAAUUGAGGGCCUGGAUACCCUUGUCAAACUGCAGGACCUCAGUUUCUACUGUAACAAAAUAUCUAAAAUUGAGCACAUGGACACAUUGCAAGAGCUGCAGCUUUUCUCCAUAGGGAAGAAUAACCUGACCUCUCUGGAUGAUGUGAUCUAUCUCAGGAGGUUUAAAAGCUUAAGGACACUGAAUCUCACUGGGAACCCUCUCUGUGACGACGAGCAGUACACACUGUUUGUUGUUGCUCAUCUUCCAAACCUGAGGUACUUGGACUUCAAGCUCGUGAAAGACACCAUGAGAGAAGCUGCAGCUUUAAAGUAUCAAGAUCUCACUAAGCCACGGGAACGUGAGGAGGCUCGAGCCUUUGCUCAGCUGGAGAGCAAACAGGAAAGGCAGAAAGAGCAGGAGUACCACGAGACAGCCUUUGUUGAGCACCUGAAUGGAUCAUUCCUGUUUGACAGUCUGUAUGCAGAGGAUACAGAAGCUGCCAAACUGGCUUCCCUCCCUGGAGUGGGGGACCUGCUGCAGGAAUACAGAAAGGAGUUUGUCUCAGUCUGUGGGAAGCUCUUUAACUUUGGCCUGAAAGAGCAUAAGAAACGAGAAGCUGAAGUCUCUGAUUUCUACGCAAGAGUUGAUGAAGCUCUAAGAGCCAACCAGGAAGAGAGCAAGAAAGUAAUCCUAGACUUUGAAAAUCGGAACAAAAGGAGGCUGGAUGAGAUUCAUCAUGCCAAGAGUUAUGAUAUUGCUGAGUCUAAACGAGCUGAGUGCAAGGAGGACAUCCUUCAGCUGUCAGAAACACUCAUGACCUUGGAAAUACUGGUAGCUGACCAGCUGGAGGAACUAUUAAAGGAUUUUAAAAGAAGCACUGAUGUCACAGCAUCAACAUUCAUUGAAAAUGUUCAAGGUAUGAUGACCCAAUGCCGGGACCUGGAAAACCAUUACCAUGAAAAGCUGCUGGAGAUCUCCAUCACCGCCCUGGAGAAAUCAGACAAGAAAGUGCCUGACAAGGAUUUGUCACAAGAUGUUGAAAUGCUCCUCGUGGACAAAAACACCAUUGUCAAUGCCGCCAACAUGUCCCACAGCAUCCGCCUGCGGAAGAUUGAUAAGAGAGAGAGCGACAUCCUCUGCAACACCUACCACUGGCAGACCUUUGUGACAGAGCAGGCCUACCAAAAUGAGAUCAACAGAAAUCAUUACCAUAUCAAAAAGAUCAUUCUCUACAUUGACAAUCUCCAGAAGGAGCUGGAUAACAUAGAGAUCAUUCACGACAUUGACAAUCUCCAGAAGGAGCUGGAUAACACAGAGAUCAUUCAUGACAUUGACAAUCUCCAGAAGGAGCUGGAUAACACAGAGAUCCUGGAGCCAAUGGAAUAG